AUGUCUGGCCCUCGCUCACCUGCCAGCGAUCUUCUGGAUGGUAAUCUGAAGCAUCAGCAUAAUGGAUACAACCACGCUAGUGGGCGAAAGUUGUCCGAACCGAUAAAGCUCGUGGACGAUAGUGCUGUCAGUGAUGAGCCACCAGAUGUAAAGGAAAUUGUUGCCGAAGCAAUGCAAGAGUUGAUGAAAAUACGACAGAAGGAGCAGUCUGCCAGACCUCUGCGAAUCGCGAGGCCUCAUCCAGCACACCAGCCAGACGACAUAUUGCGUGAGCAAUUUCAACAACUUGCUGAAGACGAGCUGAAGAUUCGGCGGCUGAACACCCGUGACUGGCUUCGAGUAGCCACUUGGUGGCUGCUUAAGGCUCGUUUCAAUACGAAGAUCGACGAGGAUCCUCUUCUCUUUAACUCGCAGGCCAGCUUCAGCGUUUCGAGUAACGGCAAGUCUGCAAUCAAUCAAGCAUAUGUCGAUUUGCUCAAAGCUUCAUGGAUACUUCACAAUGUCAUAUUGAAAGACGACAAUCUAUCAUCCCUCAUGACCGACGAGAAUCGAACUCUUUUCUAUCAUCUUUCUGAUGGGAUCAAUGAAGAUUUUGAGGACUUUCAGCCAGUUGACGCACCCGAGAAGACUGUACUGCAUGGGCAAAAUCACAAUAUCUGGGAACUUUUACAGCCUGCAGAAGAGACAUACGAGGAGGAAGGUGCCUUCCCUGGCCUGGAAAAUGGUCGAUACGUGACCGUUGACAAAGACGACGCAGGAGCGGAAUCGGAGAAGGUCCUUUUUCGGACCUUUGUAGAUGCCUCCAUAGGGCGCAAAACCAAUAGAAUGCGUUCAAAAGGUGCCCCGUACAUGCUCCUCCUGUCUACUGUAGAAGGAGAAAGCGAGCCCAAGGUGACAUUAUGCAACCAAAGUGGCACGGUCUGCCUUACGAGGGACUUGACUGUUGAUGACCUUCAAAUUGGUGAUAUGCCUGUCAAUCCAUUUGCUGGAUCAAAAAUCAUGUCAAAGGAGGCCAUUCCCUUAGAUUUCGAUCGCUUGAAGGUCACUGUGGCUUUCCAGAAUCAGGAAGAUUUUGAAAACUUCACCUUCAUACCUACCGCAUAUUUUGAGGCUGUGAAGCGGAGAGAGCCUCGCAAUCUGGAGAAAGCGACAGAGACUGUGCUGUUGAGCCAUUCUGUCGAAAUAUUCGAGCAUUUAGAGGCCUCAACCAUGAAAUCCUUGAGCCCACGCGAAGUCUAUCAAUCCUGCGAUCUUCGCGUGCUUGAAACAACCUCUAAGGCAGGCUGGCGGACUACACGUCGACUAGUGGUCUCAUCUUCAGCUGGCGAGAAGAAGCCAUGGUGUAUCGAGGUGUUCCUCCCCUUGUCCCGCGUGCAGAUACGACGUGAAGGUAUCGCCCGCAAACUCCUCGUCAAAUGGUCAGACUGUGCACAAAAGAAUGUAAGAUCAGACGGCAAUUACAACAAGAUCCACUCAUACGUCUACGACGACACAAACCCCAACAUAGGCCACUCCUUGCUCUUCCGCAAUGCCCAAGACGCCACCGACUUCGAGCGAACAGUCCUUCACCUCUCCAUCCCUCCCAUCUUCAACUGGACCUCUGGCCUCAACUCCGCACUCGUAUACAUGAUCUCUGACACCGAGCCCGAUCCCAAAAACUACAAAGCCAUCAUGGUCACGCGCACCCGCUACGACUGGAAAUACUCCGAACUCUACUACCUCUAUCGCGACAUCGACUACAUCUACACGCGCAUGGACAGCUCCUCCGUCCGCAUCUCCUUCCCCAGCCUCUACUACACCGACUACAUCUCCACGCACGUAGACCGCUUGUACAAACCCGACCUCGGCGAACCCGUCCCGCACUUCUCCCACUGCGAGAAAAAGAUCGGCAACAGCCACCUCGAUUUCGACAACGAGAGCGCCGCCAUGCGCUUCAUGUCCUCCCUCACCUCCGCGCACACCCUCAUCUUCGCCCGGCGCGCGCACUAUAUCACCACGAAAGCCCCCUCGCGCUUCAGCACCUCUGCGAAGUCGAAUAAGGGCCCGCCUGAGAUUCAGCUCUGGUUAAAGGGGAGUAAUACCCGCUUGGUGAGUCGGUGGGGGGAGAAGGUGGAGGAUAAGUGGUUGAGUAUGACUGUGCCACGGAACGGGCUUGAGUAUAAGAAGGAUGGGAGUAAGGCGAGUUUGCAAAAGUGCGAGUUUGAGAGGGGGAGGAAGCUGGAUAUGGCGAAUUUGAUGGCGAGGGAUCCAAGGGAUAAAAAGGAGGAGGGGAAGAGACUUGGACCUAUCAAUGUGGGGUUUGAGAGUGUGAGGGGUGAGUUCUCAUUGUCCUUUUGCGCCUCCCUGCUGUAUUUUUGGCGGACUGGAUAG